GCUAACCCCUUCUAUAAAAAAACCACAAACCCUAAACCAAAAGCAUUCACAAAUUCAAAACGCGUUGAAGAAGAUUUUCAAGGCGGCUAUCUCUUUCGAUCUCUUCCUCGCCGGUAAGGCAAUUCGUAACCUCUGAUAGCUUUCGAGACGCAGCCACCGUCUAGGGUUUUGUUUCUCAUCUCAUUCAUUAUCAAAUUUCUUUGCUCGAUUAGAUUUUCGUUGUUUUUUGUUUUUCGUGUUUUUUCCUAAACUGAAUCUAUUCAUCUUUGAUUGUAUUGAGAAAGAAGAAAAAAAAAACUUUUAAUUGGUUCUGUUUGUAGUAUUUUGUUGUGAUUGUUGAUUUGGUUGUGUGAAUUUCGUUGAUUGCAAAUCCUUGAAAUUAGGGUUUGAAAAUUUGGGGAUUUAGGGUUUGAAAUUGAUAUUUUUCUCGAAUUUUUUGUCACUUAUUGUGAGGAUUUGUGCUUGUUAAUCCCAUGGCGGCAGGAAGACAAAGUGUUUUAGGGAAGAGAGAGUCUUACAAAUAUGAUUCUGUCAAGGAAUUUGAUUACCAUAAGAAAGGUUCUUAUGGAAAAGAUGAUAGAGAAGAAGGUGAAAUUAUUGUUGAUGGGGAUGACGCUUUUUCACCACCAGAAAAGAGAAGAAAAUUCUCUCCUAUUUUAUGGGAUAUGGCUGAGAAGAAGGCGAAAGUUUCUUCCAAAGACAAAGUCACUGAGUCUCUAACUCGAUCAUCUGUGAGUCCUGGAGGCAACGGGUCGUCGAUGAAUUCCUCUUGUGUGGAUGAAGAAAGUGAUAUGCAGGAAUGGAAUAUCACAAAGUCAAAGUGGGCUUCUGAUGAUCUUUCACCGAUCGGUGAUGAUGUUAAAUACAAGCAACACAAAAGAGGCUCCAGUUCAGAAGUUGGUGGUAGUUCAGAUAGCACAAUUACUAGAUCUGAUGUUGAUGAAGAGGGUAGUGUUUCUCCAUCAGAUACUUUUGAAAAUAGUGGUGUGAUGAACAUGCAGAGAAAUUUUAACAUGUGUCAGAGUUGCAGAAGUGUGUCUGAGUUUGAAAUGAUUAAGAAAAUUAAUGAAGGAACUUAUGGUGUUGUCUAUAAAGCUAAGGAUAAGAAGACUGGAGAAAUUGUAGCACUAAAGAAGGUGAAGAUGGAAAUGGAGAGGGAUGGAUUUCCAAUGACAGCCCUUAGAGAAAUGAAUAUUCUCUUGUCUUUAGACCAUCCCUCUAUUGUGGAUGUUAAAGAAGUAGUCGUGGAUGAUGACGAUUGCGAUGAUGGUACUUAUAUGGUUAUGGAACAUAUGCAAUACGAUCUCAAACAAUUGAUGGAGGCAAAGACCCAACCUUUUAGUAUGGGCGAAAUUAAAUCCUUCAUGAAGCAACUUCUUGAAGGAGUCAAGUAUCUCCACGAUAACUGGAUUCUCCAUAGGGAUUUGAAGACAUCUAACAUUCUGCUGAAUAAAGAUGGACAUCUGAAAAUAUGCGACUUCGGAAUGUCAAGGCAGUAUGGUAGCCCUCUGAAGCAAUAUACUUCACUUGUGGUUACACUAUGGUACAGAGCACCUGAACUUUUGUUGGGCGCUAAAAAAUACUCCAAAGCAAUUGAUAUGUGGUCGGUGGGUUGUAUAAUGGCUGAAUUACUUUCAAAGGAGCCACUUUUCAAGGGUAAAACGGAAAUCGAACAAAUUGACAAGAUUUUUCGAACCCUUGGUACACCAGAUGAGAAAAUAUGGCCAGGAUUAUCCAAAUUGCCGGGGUCUAAAGCAAAUUUUGUUAAGCAACGGUGUAGUAUGCUAAGGAUGAAGUUUCCAGCUGCAUCUUUCACUGGGAUGCCAGUUUUAUCCGAGUCGGGGUUUGACUUGUUGAAUAAGCUUCUAGCUUAUGAUCCUGAAAAGAGGAUAUCUGCUGAAGCUGCUCUGCAACAUGAUUGGUUUCGUGAAGGUCCACUUCCCCGAUCUGAUUUCAAUCCAAUUUUUUCCUCGUGGUAGUGCUAGCCGUUCAGACAGGCCUUUUAUGUUAUAAAAUUGGAACGGACAUUGAUGUACAGUGAGCUGAGAAGGUACGACACCGGAUUUUUUUUAUAUUGUAAUUCCAUGUAGUGGUGUACCCUUUACGUGGGAUAAAAUUAUACACAUAUUUCAGGACUGAAGUAAUAAAUGAGUUUUUGCUA